AUGGAAAGUGGCUGCGAUCGCGUUGGCGUGCCUAGCGACGUGCUUGAUAGCAUCCAGGAAGACGCCUCUACAGCGGCGUUGCACCUUGCGCAGUCGGACGUGGACUCCGAGUUCGGUUCCUACCGUGGCCGCCGCCCGAAUCUGAACACAAAACCAAGCGCGAUUUCGAGCCCUGACGCGUGCGGCGACCCUGCAUUUGCCGAUCUAAGCGCUCCUAUUUUGCACAUACUCUCGCGUGGCGAUCUCGAGAAUUCGAUCCUGUCGCGCCCCAUGCAUAUGGACGAGUCUACAAAAACACUCACCGAGGCGCUCAGCGUCGUCAAGGUUCAGCGCGUCCAGUUGAAGCGGUUCCUUGACACGGACCGCGUCAUGGACGCGCUCAAGUGUGCGUCGACGAUGCUGAACGAACUGCGCGCGUCGACGCUCUCUCCAAAACACUACUACGAGCUGUACAUGGCUAUCUUCGAUGCCCUUCGUCACCUGUCCAUCUACCUGCACGAUGCGCACUCCAACGGAAAACACCACCUGGCAGACUUGUAUGAGCUGGUCCAGUACUGCGGAAACAUCGUGCCGCGACUGUACCUGAUGAUCACGGUAGGUGGCGUAUACAUGUCCGUUCCCGAUGCGCCCGUCAAGGAAAUCAUGCGCGACAUGAUUGAGAUGAGCCGCGGCAUCCAGCAUCCCACCCGUGGCUUGUUCCUGCGGCACUACCUCUCUGGCGCGACGCGGGACCAUUUGCCUUCUUCGACCGAGCCCGGGCCUGCGGGCGAUCUGGACGACAGCAUCGGCUUUGUGCUCGGCAACUUUGUCGAGAUGAACAAGCUGUGGGUGCGCCAGCAGCAUCUGGGGCAUUCUCGCGAGCGCGAGCGCCGCGAAAUGGAGCGCCGCGAGCUGCGGAUUCUCGUGGGCACGAAUCUCGUGCGUCUCAGCCAGCUGGAAGGCGUAUCGCUGGACGUGUACAGCAGCGUGAUUCUUCCUCGUGUGCUCGAGCAGGUAGUGAGCUGCAAAGACAUGAUUGCACAAGAGCACCUCAUGGAGGUCAUUGUGCAAGUGUUCCUGGACGAGUUCCACCUGCAUACAUUGCCGCAGCUGCUCGCUGCAUGCGCGCGGUUGCAUCCCAAGGUGAAUGUGAAGCAGAUUGUGAUAUCCCUGAUUAGCCGGCUUGCCGCGUACGCUGCACGUGAAGCUGAAAAUGAGAGCCCCGAGGAAAUUCGGCGGCAGGAGGAAGAGGGCGCGCGGCGACUGGCGAUCAAGACGCACGAAAUGCAGCGUACAUUGCCGAUGCCUGCACACACAGUCUGGCAGGAGAUUGACGCAGAACAAGGGCGGCCCAAGGACCGCUGGACGUUGUUUGCCGAGGAGCUUGGAAAGGUCGUUCCUGCGUCUGUACACGGCUCUAUUUGGCACGACAUGCCCCCCGUAAAAAGAGAGGAGAAAGGAAAGGACGAUGCUAAGCAGGAGAGUGCCAAGCAAGGCGAUAAUCACGCUGUACACAGGAAUGCGGACCAAGAGACUGUCUCCAGCGCCGAGAAACCCGAAAAGGACACGGAAGCACAGGACCAAGAGACUGUCUCCAGCGCCGAGAAACCCGAAAAGGACACGGAAGCACAGGACCAAGAGACUGUUUCCAGCGCCACGACAGCGCACCGCGACACUGCUCCAAACGCCGACUCAGCACCUCAGCCCGACGCACCCCCAAGCGACACCUCUCGCAAAUUCUGCGGCAUCCCCGAAACCGUCCCACUCUUUGAAGUGUUUUGGGACCAGAUUCUCCUCCUGCUCAACGCGCGCGCCGACCUUACCUUGGCCGAUCUCGCCGCUUUGCUCUUUGCGCUCCUGGACCUUUGCUUGCACUGUUACCCCGACCGUCUCGAGUAUGUUGAUCAGAUUUUGGGAUUUGCACACACCAAGUUUGCCGAGAGCUCACAAGCAAGCGACCGACCUGCAGCAAACAGUGCCCACGCCCAGACCCUCUUGCUUGCGCCUGUCAACGCUUAUAAGAAUCCACUUACUCUACUCGUCAUUCCCAACUUUCACGUCUUGUGGGCCGAGCAGCCACCUCUUGCGCGGCGUGCUGUUGCCCAGGCCAUCGUCCAAUCGAUGCUUCAGCGCCAUACGCGGAUCACAACUCCAGAAGACGCUGUUGGCAUCCUGGAGCUGUGUGCUUCUUUGAUCGAGGAGCCCGAGCCCCAGCCGUCUGCCUCGGAAAGCUCCUCGGGCCAAGGCAUCCAGCAAGACUUUUACCCGUCUGCAGCCAUCGAUGAGCUUGCCGACCGCCAAGGCAUGCUCGCCAGGGUAAUGCAUCUCUUCCAGGCACAAGAGCCCGAGGCGCAACUCCGACUCUUGUACAUUGCGCGCCAUUACUUGGCACGAGGAGGCGAUGGAAUUCGCUACACGUUCCCUGCGCUGAUCUCGGCUGCUAUUCGACUUGCGCGCAAAUUCCGCGCCUACAAAGAAUACGACCCCCAAUGGGACGCGCAUACCGCAACGCUCUUUCACUUUGUCCACCAGCUCAUUGCGAAAUUGCACCGCCAGGUGGAUGCGCCGGAGCUCUGUGUGCGCUUUUUCCUGCUCGCUGCUGAAGCGGCGGACGAAUGCGGUUUUGAGGAGCUCGCGUAUGAAUACUAUAUUCAGUCGUUUACACUUUACGAAGAGUCCAUAUCCGACUCGCGCUCCCAGCUGCAUGCAAUUGGCUUGAUCGUCAGUGCACUGUUCAAGACGCGCAUCUUUUGCCGCGAGAAUUACGAUGCAUUGACGACGCGCGCGGCGCAAUACUGCUCCAAGCUGCUCAAACGGCCGCACCAGGCAGCGGCCGUCAUGAUGGCCAGUCAUCUCUGGUGGCAGUUGCCGGAGGCGAAAGGCACCGUGGCAAAGCACGCGCUUGUGCACGAUGGAAGUCGCGUGAUUGAAUGCCUGCAGAAGACGCUGCGGAUUGCAAGUGGAUGCAUGAAUGAGAACACGACGGUGGAGAUCUUCUGCCAUGCACUGAACAAGUACCUCUACUAUUUCGAGCAGGGCGUAGCGGAGGUGACGGCCGAGUACAUCCAUUCACUGAUUGAUCUAAUUACCAAGGCGCUCUUGUCGCUGCGCGAAAAUGCGCGCAGCGGCGCUAGCUGGGGCCCGGACGUUUACGACUCGCCAGCGAGCCUUGAUGCAAUCCAGCAGCACUUUGUGAGCCAUUUGGAGUAUGUGCGCGACAAGAAGCAGGCAGUGCUGGGUGCGCUUGCUGCUGAUGACAAUGUAGAGGUAGGUGGCGCAGACUGGGCAGGUAUAGAGGUGCAUGCGCCCCUGCGCAAGCUCGCGGCAGGUAGCUCGUAA